AGAAUUUGUUCUCACAGUUCAGUCAUUGGCUAUUGUUACCCUCUCCAUGUAUUUGAGUGUAAGACUGUCAAUCUAUUUUUGUAGGGGCUGAGUUAUCCAGUGGACAAGGACUUUGUGAUCGGGAAGAAAUGUGACCUGAAUCACCUUCUUUAUAAACUGACCAGUCUGGAAGCUCUUGUGUCCUCUUAUGACCUCUCUAUGAACUCUACUGGACAGUUUGUGUGUGACAAACCUACUGCUGAAAGGAAGGCCUUGAAUGCCCUGAUUUACUGGUCAGUUUUGACCUUUAACCCCUCACUGACCAGAGUUCUAUGGAAGCAGUCUGACCAGCCGAUGGUAAUGGCUCUUGUAAUCAGUAUGAUCUGGCACACACUGGCCACAAAAUGGUGCAGCAGAGAUUUGGACAUCAAAAGACAGCUCAGUGAUUCUGCUAUAGAGUUUGGAAAACAGGCUGUUAAAUUAUUGGACCUGAGCUACCAAGAUUCAUGCCUAACAGCCAUUGCUUCAUUAGAUGAGAAACUACCAGAACUUAACAAUAAAACCACCAUAAAACUAGCCCACAUUGCUCGGAAUAAAUUCUUCAUUGCUCACAAAAGUUGUCAGAAAUGGCUGCUUCAGCGUUGGCAUGGUAACCUACUCAUUAGAGAAGUGGAUUAUGGGGUGUUCAGACUACCCAACUGGUUCAAGAUAUACAUGAGUGUCUUUUUCGUCUUCCCCAUGUUGUUUUGGAUUACGUAUGAGAUUAAGAAAGACCCAGAAGCAAAAACGCCAGAAGAGGAAGAGGAAAUGGAAAUAGACCAAGUGGAUAGUGAAGACAUGAUUCCUAUGAAAAUCAAAUGGAAAAGGAGUACAAAGGGACAGAUGAAAUACCAAAUGAGGGAGAUGUUGAAUUAUGGUCGACAAAACCUUAAGGUGCCCCUUUAUCUACAGUUUUACUACCUGUGGAGUGCCCCAAUCACCAAGUUUUAUCUCAGUCAGUUGCUGUAUAUAAUGUACCUGGCCUUGUUCAGUUAUGCAGUCAUUAUACCAUCGUGUGGAGAUUUCUACAUUGAUCUUGUUGUGUAUUUUUGGACUGCCAUGAUUUGGGUUGAAAUCAUCAGAAAAACCAUCAUCAAGAGAAAGGAAUACAAAGAGAUGAAGGUUUUCUGGACAGUGAUAGAGAUAUGCCUGAUUGGUUCCUUUCUGAUCGUGAUCGGACUGGUCAGAAUCAUACCAAAGUUCAUCCCCUUCAUCAAGUACACGACGGCUAAAUUUGUCAUGAGUUUGGGCCUCCUAUACUUCUACUACAGGUUACUGAGUGUUUUCCUUCCCAUCAGCCCCGUCCUGGGCCCUAUGAUGAUCAGCUUCAGAGCUAUGAUGAAGAAGGACUUUGUUACUUGGUUGAGGAUGUUCCUGGUGUUUAUGAUUGCGGGGGGUAUCACCAUUCAGGCGACACUUUACCCUAACUUCCCCGCCUCAGAGGAGGGCAUUGUGGGUACCCUAAGCAGGGCCUUCUUUGCAAUGUUCCUCACAAAAAUUGAUGACCUUGACA